AUGAAUUCCGCCGAGCAGACCGUUACGUGGCUCAUUACCUUGGGGGUGCUGGAGUCGCCCAAGAAAACCAUCUCGGACCCGGAGGGCUUCCUGCAGGCGUCUCUGAAGGACGGGGUGGUGCUGUGCCGGCUGCUGGAGCGCCUGCUGCCCGGGACCAUCGAGAGCCCGCGCCCCCGGGUCCUCAGCGGGGACCUCGGGCUGAGCUGUGCUGUCCCCGCCCUGGCCCCACGGCGGUGCUGUGGCAGACACCCCGCUGAGAGGCGGGCCCCAGGUCCACUGGGCUUUCGACCAGGACCUGACCUGCUCUGCUUCCAGAUGAGUGGCAAGUACACCCUCCCCCGCUGGCUCGUGCUCCCUACGUCACCGGGAACCUGCCCCGAGCGCUUGACUGUGCCCCAGGGCCAUCCUCCUGGCCGCUGGACUCAUUUCCAGCGGGAGCCCCAGGAGCCCGCUGCUGUCUGGCCGGAGAGCGUCUCUCAGCUGGGCGCUGUGGUGACGGUCCGAGGCAAGGAAUAUGAAGACAAGGCUGGACGGCCCAGCAAGCAGAAUGUGAGGAAGAGCCUGGACUUCGAGCCCCUGUCCACCACCGCGCUCAUCCUGGAGGACCGGCCAGCCGCAGGCCCAGAGCCGCCGCGGGGCCUCCCUCUUAGGGCCGCCUGGUCAGCAGUGGCCCAGAGCACAGUGGCCGGGGCCAGCGGUGUCCGCUCCCCGAGGGCGGCUGGGCUCGCCUGCACCCUCACGCCUCUGGGGGCUCGCCCCUGGUCCCCCGCGCUAACUCAGGCCAUGCUUCUGUCCAGGUGGUGCUCGAGGAAAGUCCGCGAUCUGUGGUGGCAGGGGAUCCCGCCGAGCGUGAGGGGCAAAGUCUGGAGCUUGGCCAUCGGCAACGAGCUGAACAUCACCCACGAGCUCUUCGACAUCUGCCUGGCCCGCGCCAAGGAGAGGUGGCGGUCCCUGCGCGUGGGCGGCCCGGAGGCCUCGGACAGCGAAGAUGCCGGCUUCCCAGCGGCGGACAGAGAAGCCAGCCUGGAGCUUAUCAAGCUGGACAUUUCUAGAACGUUUCCUAACCUCUGCAUUUUCCAGCAAGGCGGCCCCUAUCACGACAUGCUGCACAGCAUCCUGGGCGCUUACACCUGCUACCGGCCGGACGUGGGCUACGUGCAGGGCAUGUCCUUCGUAGCAGCCGUGUUGACCCUGAACUUGGAUGCUGCAGACGCCUUCAUCGCUUUCUCUAACCUGCUGAACAAGCCCUGUCAAAUGGCGUUUUUCCGAGUGGACCACGGCCUCAUGCUGACUUACUUUGCUGCAUUUGAGGUAUUCUUUGAAGAAAAUUUGCCGAAAUUGUUUGCUCAUUUCAAGAAAAACAACUUAACUCCAGACAUCUACCUGAUUGACUGCCGCUUUCGGGGCUCAGCCAACCCCGUGUCCUGCUCAGCUGCCCGCGCAGGCCAGGGGGAGGCCGUGGGGCUGGGCGCCGCGCUGAGCAGCCUGGCAGGGUUUCUGCACGGUGGGGUGCUGACCGCGCUGCAGAAGGACAGCCGGGAGGCGGAGAAGGGCAGCCCAUCGCCCAGGCACUGAGGCGGGCGUCAGCAGCCCAGCGGGCUCGCCGGCGGCGGAGGACGGGCGCCGAGGCCACGGGCCCUGACCCUGGGCUGGCCUGGAACGCAGGACACCGGCGCACUCUCAGACGGUCAGGCUGCUCGGCCUGGUGUCCCGAGGCCACGCUGUGCCCUGCACGCACCGCACGCAGGGCCGUGGCUCGCCCCACCCGCAAACGCUCAUUAAAUUGUCGCGCUUUCGCGUCGCCUGGCAGCAAGAACACACAGUCUUUUCAGCCGAGGUACUCGAGAAGCGCCGUGUGGACGGGCGGCCGCCGUGCCCCGGGAGGCCCUCGGGGGCUGCUGGACGGAGCCGCGCCAAAGCCAGCGUCCAGGACGCGCCCUCCGGCUGGCGGCCCCCAGGGCACUUCGCCGGGGUGCAGCCUGCGUACCACGUUGCCUUGACAGAGGCCGAGGGGCCUGCUCCCCCAGAGUGGCGCCCUCACGGCCGGCGGCAGGGAGGGCGGAGGCAGGCGCGGUACAGUCAGGCGAGGGCCACAGACCCCCUGCGCUCCGGCCGGCCAGCGGUUCCCUCCGGGCAGUGGCCUGGGGGCAGGCGGAGGGCAGGAUCGGCCCGCCCCUUGCCAGCCGGGCUCCCCCACCCUCCGGGCAGUCUCUCCCCAGCUUGUCCUGAGUGUUCUGAAGCUUCGCAUUGACGCCCGAGGGCGUGGCCAGUGGGCACGGUGGCCUGCGGGCAGCCGCUCUGGGAUCGGGUCCCACGGCCGGCAGAGCGCAGGCGCCUGGCCGCACGCCGAGGCCUGGCCCUGCCUCUCCGGCCUUCUCAGCCAUGCUCCCCUGGGGCCGUGACCCCGUGUGUGAUGCUGGGAGCCCCCUGGGUUUGGGGCUAGUGUGCACGGAGACACGGGCCAGGAGAGGCUGGCGGGGGGCUGCCGCCAGGCUCCGGUCGCGGGGGGCCACCCGCGGUGGCCGUCCUCCAGCUCUGUCCGGGACUGCCCCCGGAGCCCGACCCUCAGGGGCAGGGCAGCCGGCCUCGCCUUCACACGGACCCCGCUGCCCCCCACCCCCAGCCCCCGUCGCCAGGCCGCCCUUGACCUGUGGCGCGGGCCCUGUCCUGGGAAGAUGUGUAUAUUUUCUUACUGUACAUAGAGGGGUCCUCGAGUUGUGGGGGAAAACUGCUGCUGCCCAUGUGCCCAGGCCUGCCCGCCCCUGCCGGACUCGCCAUGGCCCAAGGCCGGGACGGCCCAGGCGCUACGGGCUCGCCGAGAGUUUCUGUGGGGCCGACGGGCAGAAGCCGGGCAGGUGGCCGCGGCCUCCGAGCCCGCGCUGGCACCACGGAUGCGCCCGGCAGGCUCCGCCCGGGCCCGUGGGGACGGCCGAGGGGCCGCCCCAGCCCGCAGGGGCCCCCACCACACCCGUGACCCGUGUUACGACACUUGUACAGGUGACCCUUAAUUUUAUUUAGUAAAUGUAUCAAAUUAGGACUUUUUUGAAUUGUAAAUACGUGGUUUUAUUCAAUAAAAGUCAUGUAAAAUUGUUA